UCCAUAGAAAAGAGGUUUAAAUUUUGUCCUUUUUUUUAUAAUAUUGAGACAAGGAAUAUGAAGUUAGCUGUUGUAUCAUUCGUUGUGCUUGUCUUCGUUCUUACUACCAAGCAUGUUACAGGUAAAUAUGGUAAACAAGCUACAACAGCCAUUGACUGUAUGGAGCCAGCAGUUGAAGGGCAGAAGACCGAAUUAAAAUGUAGGAUAUCGGGAACUGUACAGUUAGGAAUAUUCUGGGUUGGACCAUAUAAUAAAGAGAGAGUCGCAUGUAACUAUCUACAGAGAAUAUGCGAACCGUCUGGUGAAUUCCCUCGCGGUUACACCGGUGUGAUCGAUUCGCCCCAACAAAACACGUUGAUCAUAGAGUCGUUUGAUGCAAAAACUGACGCUGGUACAUGGUCGUGCUAUGAUGGAUGGGGUGGCCCACGAUCGUAUUGUAGUAAGCUCAGUGAAAGUCAAUAUGGACAACAACAACAACAACAACAAAAAUCAGUUGUUUUCACGCCUACAAUUGACAUUAUGCUUCUUAGAGAAGUGAAUGUGAAUAUCCCGUUCAGUGACCCUGUGAAAUGA